GUAGAAAGUUGUUGUAGGGACAACUUGGCCGAGACUUCUCUCUGGAGACGCGCUGCUACAGUAGCCCGCCACCAUAGCCGAGUACAUGUGACCUUCUUCAUUGGGUUUCUCUCCAAUUUGACUUCGGAUUUGCAUUCCCCAUCUCCUGGCGAACAUAUCCAUAGGAGGAAUUGGUCAUCCAUCACCUCUGUGUGUUGCGGUAGGCAUUGGCUUCUUCGACGCACUGUUCACCUUCUUCCUCAUGACUGCUGGGCUGCCUUCUUGAACUUCCCCCUCUAGCCAUGGGCUCUGGAAAAGCUCUAAGUGCUAAGAAGACCAAGAAGAAGAGCCCGAGGAAGAAGGACAAGGAUGUGACAGUUAGCUUGGGUACGGAUAUUGCUGUGGACUCUAUGGGGAAGGAGAUAGCUCAAACAUCUUCCUCCACUUCUGCAACCUCUCCACCUCAUGUUGAAGAGGUUGAGGUUAUGCCUGCUCAAUUGAAGAAAGUUGCUCUGCCUGAUCCCUCCCAGGUGUUUGAUAAAAUGCCUCAACCAGAAAUGGUUGCUGAGAGUGUCAAACCGGUUACAUUUGCUGACCUCUUCAAAGGGAACAGAGACCCUGAUCAAGGUAUGAUCUUGAAGCAUUAUGAGGUGGGUGAAGGAGUACUUUACAUCCCUGAUGAGAUUAUUAAGCCUGUGGAGGAUAUUUGGGGCUUCUGCUUGGUGGGGUGUUUUACUGGUCGCUUCCCAGGGCUCAAGGCAGUGGAUGCCAUUGUCAAAAGCUGGGGUGUCCCUUGCAGAAUUAUCUCUCACUGCAAGGGCUGGGUAGUGCUCAAAUUUGAAAAUGACAGGGAUAGGUAUGAGGUGUUGGGUAUGAAAACAAGCAAGGCAUAUGGCAAGGAAUUUAGACUUAAGGUCCCCUCUCAUGGAUUUAUGUUUGAUUUUGCUGAGUUUACAACUCUCCCUGUUUGGAUUCAACUGCAUAAUGUACCAAUGCAAAUGUGGUCAGAAGAGGGCAUUGGGAUGCUGGCUUCAAAGAUUGGGAAACCACUGCGGACUAAUUUGGUUACAAAACAAUUGGGCAAGAGUGGGUUUUGUAGAGUCCUUGUUGAGGUAGACUUUUCAAAAGAGCUUGUGACUUCCUUUGAGGUGGCUUGUAUGGGCAAACUGUAUACCCAAACUGUGGAGUUUGAAGAAGAUCCAAAGUAUUGUUUCCAUUGUAAAACAUGGAACCAUGGGCCUUUCUCUUGCAGAGCUUUGGAGCUGAUGAAGAAGAAAGACCCUGUUGACUUGGAAGCUAGGAAUACUUCCGAGAAGGUUAAGGCUAACAAACCUCCUACUGGUAAGGAAUGGGUGGCAGCUGGCAGUAAAUCAGGGGUCUACACUGAGCCUAGGGGAGGUCUCAUUCCUUCUUCUUCAACUACCCCUCAUGAACUUGGCAAGGAACAACCUACUGGAAUUGGUAGUUUGACUCACGGGCCAAACAUGAAAGGGGCUGGGGAUGCUAAUUUGGGUUUGAAAAAGAAGAAACCUGAUGAUGGUAACAUGGUUGGGAAGAGACAGGAUGCUAAGAAAGGAGGAAAGGGAACUGCCCCUCCCCCUAGAUGAAGAUCUUCUGCUGGAACAUUAGAGGACUUAACAGGUCCUCUAAACAAAACUUUUUGUGUAAAUACCUUUUUGAGCUUGGUGUCCAUUUUGCCUGCAUUCUUGAAACUAAAAUUUCAGGAACCAAGUUGGAUAUGUUUGUGAAUGCCAAACUUCCAGGAUGGAAAUAUGCCACAAAUUUUGAAUUGUUUCCUGGUAGUCGUAUGCUAGUUUUAUGGAAUCCCUCUUUUUUUGUCUGCGAUGUGCUGGAUGUUGGUGAUCAAUACAUCCACUGUGCUGUCAGGUGCCUUACAUCUCAGAAGGAUUUUUGCUUAUCAUUCAUAUAUGGUUUGUACACGGUCACUGUAAGGAGAACACUUUGGGAUAAACUCUCUUCUUUUGCUGAUAAUAUGACUAAGCUGUGGGCUCUGCUAGGGGACUUCAACUGUGUUUUAGCUUCCAAUGAAAGGGUUAACUGUAU